AUGGACCCCUCACGUCGAGGCCAGCCUCGCCUCUCCGUACGCCUUCCCGCCGUCAACCUCGCGUCCGACAUCAGCAACACGGUCGUCCCCCUCCCAGAUCUGCCACCCAUCUCGGCACUCUUUCUCAUCGACUUUGACGUCAAGGCCGGUUACACAAUCGCCUGGAAGCAGGCUGCCCCCGGCAUCGAGCUCGAGGGUCUCGUCGACAAGCUGGCAGAGGACCGCAAGCGGACUGGCCUCCUCGAGGCAUACUGGUCAAAGGCCAAGAGCCAAGAGGAACCAGCCCCGGAUCUGCGCCGGAGUGAUGCUCUCCUUGAAUCGCCUCUCGUGGGCGCACAUACACCCAAGUUGAAGCAGGGUCACAACAGGAAUCGCUCGGCGUCGGACGGAACAGUUCUCAGCCAACCUGGCAACCGUCUAUCCUCACAUCACCCUGCAUGGAGCUUGAUGCCGCUGCUCGACACAUUUGGGCCACUCAUCUUCCCCAUCCACCGGGCCGCCCUCCUGCGGAAACGCAUCUUGCUCUCAUGCCACGCGCCGGUGCAUGAGAUGUGUAAUUUUGAUUUCGAAGCCUCCAAGCGCCCGAGGACGAAAACGGACAACAAUGUGGCUGACGAAGCGGGCACUGGCUGGGUCGCUUGCACGACCGAUAGCAUCCUGGCCAUGAAGGAUACACUGUGGGACAUGCUGAUUACCAUGCCACCCCCGUAUGCGCCCAAUGCAAAGGAAAAGGUCUGGCCGACCGUAGAAUGUCCCCAGGGUGUUCCGGUUCGGGCGACCCAACGUGAUCUCCGUCGGUUCCGCGCCCUCAAGGGUGGGCUUUCUCGCCUGAAGACGACGACGCCAGGGCCCCGUCCCGCCGCUGAGAGCCCACCAGCAGAACACACGCCAGGCAUCCAUCUCACGACGGGUGCCUUUCCCAGCACAGGCGUCGAUUCGGACGAGGCGCUCGAUAAGAUUGUCGAGCCAGGUCGCAGCGAUGAACAAGAGGAGGCAGCACUGGAUGCGUCUCUACUGGCAGAUCUGGGCCCUUCGACGCCGAGCAUGUCGGCGCCAUCAUCAGGCCGAAGGCUGAGCGGCGGUAUGGGUGACUCGGUCAAUUCCUUGGCCGGACGUCGAGCUACGCUGUCGACUGAUGACGACGAAGCCAGAACGGAACUAGCCAUCAUAGCCUACUUUCACCGCCUCACGACACAGAUGCUGUCAGUCAUGGCAGACGCCGUGGACAACUCGGAGCAGGAGCGCUACGAGGAUGACGAGGACGACGAAGACACAGAUGCCGCGGUUGACGAAAGCGAGGAAAGCAGUCCGCUCCAGCGGGGCGUGACUAGCAGGGAAGAGCUCGGCCCAGUCCAGCUCGGCAGUCACGCCGUGGAGAGCAUGGGCCUCGAUGUCUGGAACGGUCACGACGCCCACUUUGUCCGCGAGCUAGCGUCACUGUACUUUGAUCGCGAGUCUGGGUGUGGCGUUGAGGGGUUGGCCGAUGGUACCACGGACACGAUGGCGUCGUAA